AGAACUUUAAAUUAAAAAUAAGAUCAAAUUCAAAACUAAAAUGGCAAUAGAAGAGAAGCUGAACUUUUCUAAAUAAUGAAUUUACCGUUUGAUUACAGAUUUCCCAAACAGAAUACUCCAACCUCAGAAUGCUCAGAGUAACUGUUCUCUAUCACCGUUGAGGUCUGAAGAAAAUCUUUGCGCGAGUCCUGAAAAAACUGAUGUUAACUCCCUAGCUGUGCCUUUUUUGCCCACAACUUCUUUCUUCAGCUACCCUCAACAUUUACAUCUUUUGCAAAAAGAUCAAAUGAAUGGUAAGAUGAAAUCUUUUUUGUAUUUUUUUGAUAACAAGUGAAAAAUUGUUGAACUUUAUAGGUCUUAGAAGUAUUCCCCCAUCAUGUUCGACCCUAAUGAAUCCUUUAAGAAGACAAAGGGGUGAAAAGAAGCCUAUUCCAGAAGACCUGAAGGAUGAAAAAUAUUAUGAGAGGAGAAAAAGAAAUAACCAAGCAGCGAAAAAAUCUAGAGAUGCUAGAAAACUAAGAGAAGAUCAGGUUGCUUUGAGGGCAUCCAUAUUAGAACAUGAGAAUGCUAUCCUAAGAGCUCAAGUAUUGACCUUAAGAGAAGAGUCUACUUCGCUUAGAAGAUUGCUUCUACAGAAAAAAGCUAUUGAAAUAGUGUCAGGUGAUGCUCUGCGUUUUGGGGAUCAUGAAAUACUCUAGGAUCAAACAUUGAAAAUUGUUAAAGAUAUUUUUGUAAAUAACAAAAUUUAUCACUGGUGAAGUGAUAAAUAUUUCAUAGUUGAUUUUUAUUUUUUCUUAUUAUAUAUGUACA